UCUCUCUCUCUCUCUCUCUCUCUGUGUGUUUGUUCUUUUCCAGCAGGCACUCCCUACGAGCAGGCAGACUGUACUUUGUUGUGAAAGGGAGCAUUUGGAGGGCAACAGACUGAAACAGCCACCUGCACUCAUCUCACCUUCGACAGCUCUCAAGCAAACACUGACCAGCCAUGGCAAACAAAGGUCCCUCCUAUGGAUUGAGCCGCGAGGUACAAAGCAAGAUAGACAAGAAGUACGACCCGGAGCUGGAGGAGAGGCUGAACGAGUGGAUCAUAGCCCAGUGUGGUUCUGGAGUGGGCCGGCCAGAGGAGGGCAAAACCGGCUUCCAGAACUGGCUCAAGGAUGGAUGUAUCCUGAGUGCACUCAUCAACAGUCUGUACGAGGACAAUAAGCCCAUCAAGAAGUUGCAGCCCUCAGGCAUGGCCUUCAAGCAGAUGGAGCAGAUCUCUCAGUUCCUCCAUGCCGCUGAGAAGUAUGGGGUCACCAAGACUGACAUGUUUCAAACCGUUGACCUCUGGGAGGGGAAGGACCUGGCUGCAGUCCAGAGGACCCUGAUGGCUCUGGGCAGUCUGGCUGUCACCAGGGACGACGGCCAUUACCGCGGUGACCCCAGCUGGUUCCACAAGAAGUCCCAGGAGAACAGGCGGGAUUUCUCUGAGGAACAGCUAAGCGGGGGCAAGAACGUCAUCGGCCUGCAGAUGGGAACAAACAAGGGAGCCUCUCAGGCUGGCAUGACAGGCUACGGUCAACAACGUCAGAUCCUGAAGUGAACACGGCCAAGCUCAGUUUCAUCCUGAGGAUUCUCACGGCCGAUAGGGGAGAAGUUUCGUCUGCUAACCUGAACAAUCGGGAGAGAUGCUACCAGAACAUUAUCGGAACCAAACUGGACCAAUACAUAGACCAGAAAGAAAAACAAAACUGAGACACUGCACAGAUCUCUAUGCAUACAAACUUGCACGUACAAACACAGAUAAACAUAAUGACCCAAGUCUGUAAAACAUUGUAGAAUUGUUUUAUUUUGGAUGUGACAAGACAAGUUGAACAAAGACACAUAGAGUACACAGCAAAUCGUACAUUCCAUUGAGAUAGGGCUCAGAAUACUGCAUAAUACUUGUCAAUAUUUGAUGGAUAAGUGUAAUGCGUUAAGAUGCAGAUGAUCUCAUUUUUGGCCAUGUUUUUAGAGUUCAGUAUUUUUGUAUUUUAUAUUUUUGAUUAUGGACUGAUUUUGAAUAAAGCACAGUUUAAUUUGAAAAUCCUAA